AUGACCCGCUGAGAUGUUUGCUGAGGGCCUGGGUGGGUAGUGGAAGAUGACAGCUCUAAAACCCAGCAACCAUGUGACUGGUUGCAGAAUUGAGGGCUGUAAUUAUCAUGCAUAUUUCUUCCUUGUUGGUUAUGCACGCUUGCAUAGUCAUACACAAGCAUGCAUGUUUAUAUACAAAUAUUGAAAGCAAAUAUUUUUAUUUUCUUAUCAUUUAACCUAAGAUGAAUUAAUAACGGUUAACCGUGCAUCACAGGAUGGAAGUCACAGGAGCUCAAGGAGAAGAGUGACCGCCCCCCAAGGACGGGGCAUCCUCUCCUGCGGAAAGGCCCCACGAUGCCUGCCUUACUCCACUGGUUCUCCCCGCGUCCAGAUCAGCCACCUGUCCAUCGCCAGCCGCCAGGAGGAGUGGGUGGAAGACAAGUCCAUGGAUGUCCCCAUGCAGAACACGUCUGUGAUCUCCAAGGAGGCCCUGGGGCGCCUGCUGACCUAGCCUUUCCCCCAGAUAAUCAGCAGCCCCGGAGGCAGUAGAAGACAGAGUCCGGACCUGAGUAAUGGGCAGGCUAAAGGUCACAUCUUGACCUAAAUUAUGCUCUAGCCUCGGAGCCCUAAGGUGGAGGGAGCCCCCGCGGGACACUGGAAAAGACGUCAGCAGGGUGCCGUGCCUCCAACUGGACAUGCCGCUUGCGAAGCUAAUUGGACCCUGCUCGGAUGUUGUCUGAAGCUGACCACUGGAGGCCUGUCCUAUGGAAACAACCAGCAAAUCCAGCUCAAGGCACAGGACUUGGCCCAGGUACCCAUGAGACUGUCUCCACGGACACUCUAGAGCAUCUAUGAUGAACCAGGAAGCCAAGGCCAGCUCCUCAUGGACCCCAUUAGCUCCCGGCUGGGCACCAAGAACCAGUGGGGUUGGCUCGUGAGUCUGCUCAGCAAUGACCCAGAAUGGCUGAGUGCCAAGGUGAAGUUCUUCCUCCCCAACAUAGACCUGGGCUCCAGGAACGAGGCCCCAGACCCCACACAGAGGGUCCUCCUACAACUCAGGGAGCUGCACACCCAAGGCCUGGCCACCUGGCAGGCCUUCAUCCACUGUGUGUGCAUGGAGCUGGAGGUGCCCCUGGAGCUGGAGGUGCAGCUGCUGAGCACGUGGGGCCAUGGAGACGGGUUUCCCAGUCCUUCGGAAACGGGUGCAGAAAGCCAACCUGAACCUCCACUCCACCACGGCCUCAAGCGGCCUCGUCAGAGCUGCGGGUCCUCACCCCGCCGGAAGCAGUUCAGGAGGCAGCAGCUCGAACUGGCCAAGAGGUACCUACAGCGGCUGAGGACCUCGGCCCAGCAGCGUUAUGGCGGCGAGCUCCCGGGGCCAGGGCAGCCCCUCGCCUUCCACCAGGCCUACGUCCCCCCAAUCCUGCAGUGGAGCCGGGCCACAGCACCCUUCAGCACUCAGGAGGGGGCUGCGCCGGGGAGCCCCAGGGCAGAGGAUGGCGCUGACCUGAGCCUCCAGGACCUCUUCGGCCCCAGGGCGGACAAGGGGCCGAGGGUGAUGGUGCUCCUGGGGAAGGCGGGCAUGGGCAAGACCACGCUGACCCGCUGGCUCUGCCAGAAGUGGGCCGACGGCCAGCUGGACCGCUUCCAGGCCCUGUUCCUGUUUGAGUUCCGCCAGCUCAACCUGCUGGCGGAGGCCCUGACGCUGCCCCAGCUCCUGUUCGACCUGUACCUGCGCCCUGAGGAGGGCCCCGACGCCGUCCUCCAGUACCUGGAGAGGAAUGCCAAGGGGGUCCUGCUCAUCUUCGACGGGCUGGAGGAGGCCCUCCACCCCCAUCCCCGCGGGGAGACCUCGGGCCCGGAGGCGCCAGGCCCAGCCCUCGCCCUCUUCUCUGGCCUGUGCCGGGGGACCCUCCUGCCCGGCUGCAGGGUCAUGGCCACCUCCCGGCCAGGGAAGCUGCCCGACUGCCUGCCCACCGAGGCGGCCACCAUCCACCUGUGGGGCUUCGACGGGCCGCGGGUGGAGGAGUACGUAGGCCGCUUCUUCAGCAACCAGCCGGCCCGGGAGGCCGCCCUGGCGGAGCUGCGGGCAAACAGACACCUCCGGAGCAUGUGCGCGGCGCCCGCCCUGUGCCGGAUCGCCUGCCUCUGCCUCCACCACCUGCUCCCGGACCUCUCUCCGGGCCAGUCUGCGGCCCUCCUGCCCACCGUGACGCAGAACUACGUGCAGAUGGUGCUCGCCCUCAGCCCCCGCGGGUACCGGCCUGCCGAGGCCCUGAGGGGCCUGGGGGAGGUGGCCCUGAGAGGCCUGGAGACUGGAAAGGUGAUCUUCUCUGCAGGAGACAUCCCUCCAGCCAUGAUGGCCUUCGGGGCUGCCCUGGGCCUGCUGACCUCCUUCUGCGUCUGCACAGGCCCCUGGCAGCAGGAGCCGGGCUAUGCCUUCACCCACCUCAGCCUGCAGGAGUUUCUGGCUGCCCUGCAUCUGAUGGCCAGUCCCGAGGUGGACAAAGACGCACUCGCCCGCCACGUCACCCUCAAUUCUCGCUGGCUGCUGCGGACCAAAGCCCGACUGGGCCUCUGGGACCACCUCCCCGCCUUCCUGGCGGGUCUGGCAUCCUCCGCCUGCCGUCCCUUCCUCCGCCACCUGGCAGAGCGGGGUGAGGCGUGGGUGGGCGCCAAGCAGGCCGCAGUCAUACAGGCACUGAAGAAGUUGGCCACGCGCAGGCUCACGGGGCCCAAGGUGGUAGAGCUGUGUCGCUGUGUGGGCGAGACACAGGAGCCGGAGCUGGCCAGCCUCAUGGCCCGAAGCCUCCCCUGCCAGCUGCCCUUCCACAACUUCCCGCUGACCUACGCCGACCUGGCUGCUCUGACCAACGUCCUGGGGCACAGGGAGGCCCCCAUCCACCUGGAUUUCGAGGGCUGCCCGCUGGAGCCCCGCUGCCCUGAGGCCCUGGCAGGCUGUGGGCGGGUGGAGAGUCUCAGCUUUAAGAGCAGGAAGUGUGGGGACGCCUUUGCAGAAGCCCUCUCCAGGAGCUUGCCGACAAUGGGGAGCCUGAAGAAGCUGGGGUUAGCAGGAAGUAAGAUCACUGCCCGAGGCAUCUACCACCUGGUGCAGGCUUUGCCCCUCUGUCCACACCUGGAAGAGGUCAGCUUUCAGGACAACCAGCUCAAGAACCAGGAGUUGCUGAGCAUCGUGAAGGUCCUCCCUUGCCUGCCGACGCUCCGGAAGCUUGACCUGAGCCACAACAAUGUCUCCAUGGCGACCCUGCUGGGCUUGACCGAGGUGGCAGUCACGUGCCCGACUAUCAGGAUGCUGCAAGUCAGGGAGGCGGACCUCAUCAUCCUUCUCUCCCCGCCCACAGAGACAGCUGCGGAGCAACCUGGAUCCCCAGCCCUACGGGGAAACGCCGGCCAGAAAGAGGCUCAGAGCAGAAGCUUGGCCCUCAGGCUGCAGAAGUGUUUGCUAACCGUCAGGGAUGUGGAGAUGCUCAUAGCCCAGCUCCGGGAAGGCCCCCUCCUGGAGGAAGUAGACCUCUCAGGGAACCAGCUGGAGGACGAAGGCUGUCGACUGGUGGCAGAGGCUGCCCCCCAGCUGCGCAUCGCCAGGAAGCUGGACCUCAGUGACAACGGGCUCUCGGUGGCGGGGGUGCCCUGGGUGCUGAGGGCAGUGAGCACGUGCCGGAACCUGGCAGACCUGCACAUCAGCCUCAUGCACAAAACUGUGGUUCUCAUGUUUGCCCCAGAACCGGAGGAGCAGGAGGGGACCCAGGAGAGGGCUGCGUUUCUUGACAGCCUUACGUUCCGGAUGUCCUCUGAGCUGCCCCCGAGCUCCCCGAGGAUCAGGCUGACACACUGCGGUUUGCAAGCUGAGCACCUGGAGCAGCUCUGCAAGGCCUUGGAAGGAAGCUGUCGCCUGGGCCACCUCGACUUAUCAAGGAAUGCUCUCGGGGACCAAGGUGCUGCCCAGCUGGCUCGGUGGCUCCCAGCGCUGGGCGCUCUGCAGUCCUUGAACCUCAGUGAGAACCGCUUGUCCCUGGACGCUGUGUUCAGUUUGGCCCAGUGUUUCUCUGCGGUGCCGUGGGUCCUCCAGCUGGACAUCAGCUUCGAGAGCCAGCACGUGGUCCUGAGAGGCGGCAGAAGAGCCAGGCAUCUGCUGGCCCGCAGCCCUCCGCCAGAGUCCCCCGCCCAAGCCCAGUCCUCGGGGUUCGGUCAGCGCUGCGUCCCCAGGAGCUUCUGCCUCAGGGAGUGUCGCCUGGAGGCGCUGAGCCUCACCCACCUCUGCGAGGCUCUGGAGACGUGCCCGGGGCCUCUGGAAGUCAGAUUGUCCUGCGUGGUGCUGGGUGACCAGAGCCUGGACACCCUGCUGGGGCACCUGCCCCGGCUCCCCCAGCUGAGCCUCCUGCAGCUGAGCCAGACGCCACUGUCCCUGGGGAGCCCCUUCCUGCUGGCUCAGCUCCUCAGCCUGUGCCCACGAGUUGAGAAGGUGGAUCUCAGGUCCUUGCAUGAUGCCACCCUGCACUUCAAGUCCAGCGAGGAGCAGAAAGGCGGGCGCUGUGGCAGGUUCACGGGCUGCGGCCUCAGCCAGAUGCACGUGGAGCCACUGUGUGAGUUGCUGAGGAAGUGUGAGGACCUCAGUCAGCUGGACCUGUCAGCCAACCAGCUGGGUGACGGCGGGCUCAGGUGCUUGCUGAUGUGUCUGCCUCGGUUGCCCAUCUCGGGUUCUCUUGACCUGAGUGGCAACAGCAUCUCUCAGGAAGGUGCCCUGUGCCUGAUGGAGACCCUCCCUUCCUGCCCACGCAUCCGGGAGGCCGCUGUGAACUUGGACAGACUUCACCCAGGCUCUGCCCUCUGCCCUCUGCCCUCUGCCCUCAGGCUCAGGGAGUGCAGCUUCAGACCGGAGCACAUGCCCAGACUGGCCGCUGGCCUGAGCCAGGCCUGGCACCUGACGGAGCUCACGCUGAGCCGGUGCUGCCUGGGCCUGCAAGACCUGACCUUGCUCCUGCGUCUGCUGAGGCGGCCGGAGGGGCUGCUCAGGCUCAGGGUGGAGGAGCCGUGGAUGGGCAGAGCUGGGGUGCUCACCCUGCUACAAGUCUGCGCCCAGGCCUCAGGCAACGUCACCGAGAUCAGCAUCUCCGAGAGCCAGCAGCAGCUCUGCCUCCAGCUGAAAUUUCCCCGUCAGGAGAACCCAGAGGCCGUGGCCCGCAGGUGGGACCCAGAACCUGGGGCCCCCAGGGAGCGGCUGGGGAUGGGUUGGGGUCUGUGCUUCCAACCAGUAUUUCUCGUGCCCCCGCUUGGAUGCCCGAAGUCUCUCCGUGGCCCAGGAGGUCUGCUUGAAUCUGCCUGUCCAUGUUGUCCAUCCCGGCCCCGAACCCCAGCCUCAGCUCCAGGCCUCCCUUCCAGCUCUCAGUUCCCCAAGGACCACCCUGCUCCCUUUGACCUCAGGGCCUUUGCACAGGCAGUUCCCCCGCCUAGAUGUCCUCUUCUCUCUUCCCCUCGACCCCCUCCCGCUUCCCACCCACUUCCUUGCCCUCCGCCAUCAGCAUUCAGAGCCCCCAAGACCCAGAGCUCCUGCCUGACAUGCUGCCCUUUGACCCCCACCAGGCUGGCCUCCAGCUGUGUGAGCUCCGAGGGCCUGGCCCCCCUGGCGUCUGGUCUGAGCCGCUGUCGCCACCUGGAGGAGCUGGACUUGUCUAACAAUCAACUUGGCGAGGAGGCCUCCACGGUGCUGGCGGGGGCCCUUGAAGGCAAGAGCUGGCUGAGGAGGCUCGACCUCAGCCACGUCCCCCUGGACGACUCCACCCUGGCUGUACUCGCGCAAGGACUGAGCCACAUGACCCGCCUGCAGAGCCUCUGCCUGAGUGGAGACGACAUUGGUGACGUUGGCUGCACCCGCCUUGCCAAGGCCCUCGAAGCCGCCACCAGCUUGGAGGAGCUGGGCUUGAGCCACAACCAGAUUGGAGACGCGGGUGCCCAGCACUUGGCUGCCGUCAUGCCCGGGCUGCCUGAGCUCCGGAGGCUAGACCUCUCAGCGAACGGCAUCUGCCCGGCUGGGGGAGUGCAGUUGGUGGAAUCCCUCGCCCUUUGCAAGCACCUGGAGGAGCUGAUGCUCGGCUGCAAUGCCCUGGGGGACCCCACAGCCCUGGGGCUGGCCCGGGCGCUGCCCCCGCACCUGAGAGUCCUGCACCUGCGGUCCAGCCGUCUGGGCCCAGAGGGGGCGCUGAGCCUGGGCCGGGCCCUGGACGGAUGCCCACAUUUGGAAGAGAUCAGCUUGGCAGAGAACGCCCUGGCCGGACAGGUCCCCCACUUCCGUCAGGGGCUCCCGCGGCUGAGGCAGAUAGACCUGGUUUCCUGUGAGAUCGACGACCAGGCUGCCAAGCUCCUCGCUGCCAGCUUCAUGCUCUGCCCGGCCCUGGAAGAAAUCCUGCUGUCCUGGAACCUGCUUGGGGACGAGGCGGCUGCCGAACUGGCCCAGGUCCUGCCUCGGAUGCAGCGGCUGAAGAGUGUGGAUCUGGAGAAGAAUCGGAUCACAGCGUACGGAGCCUGGCUCCUGGCUGAAGGGCUGGCGCAGGGCUCUGGCAUCCAAGUCAUCCGCCUCUGGAAUAACCACAUCCCCCCAGACGCGGCCCAGCGUCUGCAGAGCCAGGAGCCCCGGCUGGACUUCGCUUUCUUCCCCAAUGAGCGGCAGGCCCCUCGGGGGACUUGAUGGCCACCUCAUACCCUUUGGAUCCAGCCCAGUGAUGCCAACUUGCACCCGCCUGGAUGGAGGCUCAGGAAGAGCCUCAGCGGGCGCCCCGUCCCCUGCCCCGGGAGGGAGGGACACGCGUGUCCUGCUACAGUCUUCAGGGAGGACUUUGUGAGAACCAGGAGCCUCGUGUGGCCAACGGACCGCCUGGCAUCACAUGUGACAUGCAUGACCGGGAGGGACAUGCGGCCUAAGGAGGGUGUCGUGAUGUGAUGCAUGACACAGAAGGUCACACGUGGCAGAGUUCCACGUGACAUUGCAUGGAACCUGCAGGAUGGCCUGUGGGUCAGUGUCAGGGGUCCUAGCCCCACACAUGAUAGGACACAUGAUUGGUGGUUCGUAGAAAACACAUGACAAAUGUCCAUGUCAUAGGACACGUGGCUGGCCCGAUGCCCGCAGGCUGGUCCCAGAUCUAAUUUAUUACUUUUUACAAACCAAGUAUGUAUUUAUAGAUUGCACUUCCAGAGCAGCUAAGCCACGGCCCGUCUUCCACUCGGGACUGGGGCGAGGGGAGUGUCUGAGCACUGACCGGCCCCGUGAACCAAGCCAGGGGCUCAACCACGGGUCUUCAGGAUGAGCCUCAGUUCCCCCAUCAGUAAACUGGUGACCCGUCCCCUUAAAUGCUGACCUACACGGACUGUGGGCCCAGGUCCAGGCGGAGCCAGCUUGACCUGAGGAUGGAUGGAGCCCAGUGUGUCCUGUGUGAGGGACAAAGCCAGGUCUGAGAUAAUGAGGCAAGACCGUGGGGUCCAGCCACUACCUCAGCGGGACCUGGUGAGCUCCCAGGGGCUGCACAUGCUGCACAGUGUUCUUGUGACUCCCAAGAGGGCACCAGGAUGGCCCUGCUGCCCUCUAAGCCACGUGUGACCAAUAAAUGUGAUGGCUUCCCAGCCUCCA